AGCUUCUUGCGGCUCAAGUUGCACGGAUUUGGCCUGACACGCCUGACGGUCGCGAACAGCACCGGUUCUUCUGGCAUCUCAGCCUCCCGCGAUGGCGCGCUCCAGCUUCGGUGCCCUGUUCCUCGCCGCGGCGGCCGCGUGGCUGGUGGCCGAGACCCUCUCGCCGGCCUUCGCGGGCACGGGCGCCCAGUCGAGCCCGGCUGGCCGGGGUGUCCGCGUGGCCAGGCAGGCCGGGAGCGAGAUCAUGCUGACCGCACCGUCGAUCGGCGGCCGUUACCGCGUGAUCAUCGACGAGAGCACCACUGUGGAGUCGUGCCUCACCAAGUUCAGGAAGAUCUUCGAGAUCGACCAGGACUUCCUCCUCGACAGCGACUUCAACGUCUACCUGAAGGAGGACGAGAGCAAGCCGAUCUCCGGCAAGAUCGCGGACCACACCAAGCUGCGCCCCUGGGGGCCGGACGGCAUCGAGCUGCACAUCUACUACGAGCCGAAGUGAGCGGAGCGCCGUCGCGUCUGAGGCUGGCAGUGUUUGAUUGAAAGCGCUCGUCCGUGCGCUCAA